CUCCAUAAAAGACCAAAAUAAAAAGAUGAAAAGUAAAAGAAAGUGAGAGAAAAUGCGAGGAAGUAAGGGAAACUGAGAAGAGAAGAAGAUAUGAAAAAAAGAGAAAAAAUGAAGCACAUUUUCAAGAAGCUACACAUAGGAAGCAGUCAUGAACCUAAUCGGACUGCGAUAAACGACACGUCGCCAUCGCCGUCGGCGUCAUGCGCUACCGAUCAUCAGCAAACGAUGUCUGGGAAUUCUCCGGGGAGUCCUUCAACAACGUCGAUGUCAUCAUCUCCGGUGACCACGACGACGGUACCGGUAUCGACGAGCAUGGGAUUGAGCACGCAAACACCGACGUUGGCCGCGAAUAAUCGAGCAUCGGAUUAUAUGUUAACGGAGGAAGAGUUUCAGGUGCAGUUGGCUCUAGCUAUAAGUGCUUCGAAUUCUGAGGAUCCGGAGAAGGAUCAGAUCCGAGCGGCGACGCUUUUGAGCUUAGGGAGUCAUCAUCGGAUGGAUUUAGGGUUAGGGAGGGAUAAGGAUGAUGUGGCGGCGGAGGUUUUGGCCAGGCAGUAUUGGGAAUACAAUGUCCUUGAUUAUGAGGAAAGAGUGGUGGAUGGUUUUUAUGAUGUAUAUGGGCUCUCCACAGAUUCAGGUAUCCAAGGAAAAAUGCCAUCUCUUGCUGAUCUUGAAACAAAUCUGGGGAAUUCUGGCUUUGAAGUUGUAAUUGUCAAUCGAACAGUGGACCCAGCCCUAGAAGAGUUGUUGCAAAUUGUGCACUGUAUUGCAUUAGAUUGCCCUGCAACCAAUGUUGGUAUUCUAGUACAAAGGCUUGCCGAACUUGUUACAGGACAUAUGGGUGGACCUGUUAAAGAUGCUAAUGUAAUAUUGGCCAGAUGGACGGAAAGAAGCACAGAGCUCAGAACAUCUCGCCAUACAAGUGUGUUGCCUAUUGGAUCCAUAAAUAUAGGCUUGUCUCGGCAUCGUGCGUUACUCUUCAAGGUGUUGGCAGAUAGCAUAAGGUUACCUUGUAGACUGGUAAAAGGCAGUCAUUACACUGGUGUUGAGGAUGAUGCUGUAAAUAUAAUAAAGCUGGAGGAUGAAAGGGAGUUUUUGGUUGAUCUAAUGGCAGCUCCUGGUACACUGAUACCUGCUGACAUUUUAAGUGUAAAAGAUACUACUUUUAAGCCAUACAAUCCAAUAAUUAGCAACAUAUCAACUCUUCAGUCAUCUGAUGAUGGUGUUUACUCAAGAGCAAAGCCACUUAACGGUGAAGGUAGUAGUCAAAAUCCUGCAAUCAAUAAUAGUCUGCCCUUGGAUUGGGGGUCAACUUCUGGAAAUGCAGAAUCCUUGCCUUCAUUAUCAGGUGCAAGUGGUGAUUCUGGUGUUGGUUCUUCUGGAUUAUCUAACAGAGUGACCCCUAACCAGUUGGACCAUCUUCCUUCAACUGCCAUUGGAACUUCAGUCUAUAAAGGGAGUCGUGGGACCAAUGUUGUUGGUGAUGGCAUGAGGAAGAAUGUCAAUGUAGUACCGUAUGGUCAGAGUAGUCAAGAGGACCCAAAAAAUCUUUUUGCAGAUCUUAACCCAUUCCAGAUAAAAGGAACAGGCAAAAGUUCCCUGCAAAACAAACCUACAGAGACCAAAGCUGAUGAGUUUCAGAGACAGAGAAAUAAUGUUGUUGUGGGGCGACCACCAGUACCAUUGAUGUGGAAGAAUCGACCUGCUUAUAAUGAGGUUCCUCAGAAAAAGGACUACAAUUAUAUGGAGGGCCUCUUUCCAAAAAUCAAUCGUGAACCUAAUGAUUUUAAUCAGUCAUCAUCAGCUUCCACCAGCUCUACCAAACCUGAAAAGGUCUAUCCUCAUGGUUUUAAUUCACCUGGUGAUUUUGAUAUAUCUAAUAGAGAUAAUAAAAUCAGGAGUUCUUCCUCUGGUACUGGGUCAUCUUUGGCAUCUACUACCAGUCAGUUCAAUAGCUCACCACUGGCUGAGGAUGCAGGCACUAAAUUUAAGGAAGAGAAUCUCAGGAAUGGGCAGGAUUUACAAAAUAACACAGGGAACUUGGCUAAUGAGCAAGAUAAUGAGAUUGGUUUCCAUGAUCAUAGAAAGUACACACAGGAGAGAUAUAUGGGGAAUAAUCUUAAAUUAAAGGAUCGAGAAAAUCUUAGUUCAUCAGUUGAUUCCAGCAUAGGCAGGGUUGAUCAACUAUUUGAUGAUGCAGAUGUAGGUGAAUGUGAAAUUCCUUGGGAAGACUUGGAUAUUGGUGAAAGAAUUGGACUAGGUUCAUAUGGAGAGGUCUACCAUGCUGAUUGGAAUGGCACGGAGGUUGCUGUAAAGAAGUUCCUAGACCAGGAUUUUUCAGGUGCUGCUUUGGCUGAGUUCAAAAGAGAAGUGCGAAUAAUGCGUAGACUGCGUCAUCCAAAUGUUGUUCUUUUUAUGGGUGCUGUUACUCGCCCUCCAAGCCUCUCUAUCAUUACCGAGUUUCUUCCGAGAGGAAGCUUAUAUAAGAUUCUUAAUCGUCCUCAAUGCCAAAUUGAUGAGAAGCGUAGAAUUAAGAUGGCUCUUGAUGUGGCAAGGGGCAUGAAUUGCCUACAUACCAGCAUACCUACGAUUGUUCACCGUGAUUUGAAGUCCCCUAAUCUUUUAGUUGAUAAAAACUGGACUGUGAAGGUCUGUGAUUUUGGGUUGUCACGCUUGAAGCAUAAUACCUUUCUAUCAUCCAAAUCAACUGCGGGAACACCUGAGUGGAUGGCACCAGAAGUACUUCGCAAUGAGCCAUCAAAUGAGAAAUGUGAUGUUUAUAGCUUUGGAGUCAUUCUUUGGGAGCUUGCUACUCUGAGGUUGCCUUGGAGUGGCAUGAAUCCGAUGCAAGUUGUGGGGGCAGUUGGUUUCCAGAAUCGUCGCCUUGACAUUCCCAAGGAAGUCGAUCCCUUGGUUGCAAGGAUAAUUUGGGAAUGUUGGCAGACUGAUCCAAAUUUGCGACCUUCAUUUGCACAGCUUGCAGUAGCUUUGAAGCCCUUGCAGCGACUCGUUAUUCCAUCACAUCAAGACCAAUCAAGCUCGCCUUUGCCACAAGAGAUUUCAGUAAAUUCUACACCCUGAAAUGUUCCCAAGUCCUCAAUUGUGAAUAAGAAGCAUCCUGUUUCUUUCCCUUCAAUGAGGGUAAUGUAUUUAAAUUUUCAACAAAGGCAAGCAAGGUAGGAGAGAGAAAGGCUCUUAGGCGAAUCGUUUGUGUUAAAUAUUAGUGUACUCAUGUAUUGUUACCCCUGCUGCACAAAAAGUAGCAGCAGUUUUUGUACAGUCGGAUGUCCAUAGUUUUUGUUCAAAAAGAACCAAAAGUUUGUAAUGUAUAUGUCAAAAUACUCUGUACAACAAGUGAAAAAAAGGUUGUCAUAUGAAUCAAAAGAAUCUUUAGUUCCAUUA